GCCCGACGGACGACGAGUUCGACGAUGGUUACACAUCUAUAUGCAUUACCAUUCACGAGAGGCAUUAAAUUUCGUGUAGGGUUCUUUUAAUUACUGUUGAUUUUAAUCGGAAAAGUUGUACCAAUCGGUCCUAAAACUGUUCGUAAAUCCUAGUUGCUGUUAGUGCGAACGCGUUGAGUGAUUUUUUGGACCCAACCGAACGAUGGUAGAUGGUGAAAAAUGCUGUUGAACUGGAGGUGCUCCAAGAUCACGGAACGGGACUUCAGAGAUCCAUCAUCAUCACCAUUGUCGAAGAGUCUUGAAGAAAACGAAGAAGUGUGACGUUCGCGUUGCAAAUCUUCAUAUUGGUAAUCCUCGUUUAUUUUUAUGUGGCUCGCUUCCUGGUUCCCAGAAAAGGAAUAAAUCUCGGAAACUGGCCAAGACCUUUUAUCCGUUUAGGAUUACUGAUGUUGCCAUAGAAGAAGAGCAUUUGAGUUACUAUACUGUAGCAUAAUUAUCUCCCCACGACAUAUCCAGCAAACAUCCAAACGAGGCAUCUGUAUAUUUGAUAACACAUCUAGAAUUCCUACCAAGCCAGUUUUGCGUGCGCUAUGUCGCUUUCUUGGCUUAAGUCAGUGUGUCUGCAGGCCAGUAGAUUAUUAUAGAUACAGCAAAUUUAUACACACCACAAAAGCAACGAAAGAAACGCCUCAGCGAGCGAGCAAAAUAAACAGCUUGUGUACUGCUGGCUGACCGAAGGAAAGAAAAAAAUUAUCUAACUGUGCGAGAGACCAAUAGUAGCAUACAUAACACGCUAACGAAUCAAGCUGCCUGCCAGCAGUAAGGCAACGCAAUCAGCAGAAGCGUCAAAAAAUAAAAAUAAGAUGAACACCUCAUCGGAUACCACUUUGUUGAUGACGAUUGAUGAGGCCGCCGGAACUGGCAAUACCGAAUGGUCAACCCUGCACUGCAGCAAAGAUGCCUUGACCGAUCUGUUCGGGUGGUUCUUGCAGGGCAUUUUGGCCACCCUGGCGUUCACCUGUUUGAUUGGUAAAAGAUUCUGCGAACCCCUCUACAGCAGACGAUCGUGGGAAACGUGGUGGUACGACACCUCCAAGCAGGGUAUCGGUGCCCUGGUGAUUCACAUGACUAACGUAUAUCUAGCCCCACUUUUUCAGGGCGAUCCCUGUACCUGGUAUAUUAUCAACUUUCUACUAGAUUCCACUAUCGGUUUAUUCAUUAUAUACAUUGGCAUAAAAACCUGUCAGUAUUUAGCGCGGAAGAAGAAAUGGGAUGCGAUCAACUUUGGCGAAUAUGGAGCACCAAAAUCUUGGCUCUACCAAACGUGGAUCUACGUCGGUCUGAUGGCAAUAGUGAAGCUCAUCACCACGUUGUUUAUUCAGCUUGACGUGUGGGACAAUGUGAAAAACUUCGUCCUCUCCCCGUUCAAAGAUCCUCGGAUCGAACUAGCAGUGGUAAUGCUGGUAAUUCCAUUCUUCGUAAAUAUUCUCAUUUUUUGGGUGACAGAUAACUUCCUGAUGAGGCACGCGCGAAAAAAACGGAACACCGGAGCCACGCAUCACAACCAUGGAAGAGAACACAAUCUUCUGCAAAAAGUAAAAUACAAAAUGAUACAAAAAUCCAAACCUAAUGAUUCAGAAUCUGAUACUCUUUUAUCAGGAGAUGAAGAAAUUUUAAACUAUAAACCAUCGAGUAGCGGCACCUCAUCAUCGUUGCUGCACCACGUAUCGUUAUCUGGUGCCGGCUCUUCGUCGGCGACUAUCCUGGACGAUACGGCAAUCAUUCUCACUUCAUCGACGGCCGCACCUAGCAGUAAGCAAAAUGUCCAACAGCGAACUAGUGUGAUUAAUGUGUAGCACCGCAGUGGUUUAGCUUGUACCUAUUGUUUUUUCCUGGUUCCACCAAAAACCAACAAGUUUUACAGUUAGGCCAGAACCGAUAGUCUGAAAAGGGAAAUACCAAUUAGACCUUACCUAACCACCACGAGAGGAAUUAAGAGUUGUUGAUGCAAACAGAAAUGCAAGGCAAUAGAAAUGCUAUGAUUUUCUUGUUAUGAAAAAAAAACUGAAAGUAAAUCUUGUGAUAUUUGUGUGUCUAUAUCUUAUACAUAUAUUUACACAUCCGUUGCUACGUAAUAGAACGUGGUAGAGCCAAAACCCUAUAAGGAAGCGACCAACGCUAUUGGUCCCUCACAUGAACGGGAUACGCUAGUGGAGCUACGUGAAUAAGAAGAGAUUUAUAUGAUAUAGCCAACAAAAGCGAAACAAUCGGAACUAAAACCCACUUACAAAAGGAUCACUGUUCAGGUAUUUGAAUGAAUUUAAGAGAAAAAAAAACGCGAAAACACUAACAAGGAUGAUUGCGAGGUGUAUUUUUAUAAACCUUAAAUGUAGGCUAGGCGAAGCAUCAUGUAUAAGAAAAACUUAUUACAAAAGAAAACUGGUGAAUAAUAAGGUUGUUUUUAUUUUAUAUACACAAAACCGACUAUAGAACAAUAUAUUACCAGAAUGCAAGUGAUAAGUUUAGUAAACCAUGUUAUGAAUAAAGUUAAUUUUCUGCAGA